CGCCCCCUGCGGCCGCGGCGGCGCGGGACUCGCUCCGAGAUGAUUCCUGACUCAUGCCGUCCCCCAGUGUCUGUUUAUGCCUCACCCCCUGAAACACGCACACGCGCCCUGUGCCCCGCAGACCCGGCCGCGGCGGAAGCGCGGGUUUCUGUGGGAUGCGCGCUGACCCGCACGUGCUUCUCGGAAAACCGCGGCGCGGGGCCCUCCCCCGCGGCGUGCGGACCUGAAUGCGCAAUGAGAGCGGGCAGAGUGCGGGUUUUCACCCCCACCCCGCCGUACCCCACCCCACCCGGCUUUGCUUAGGUUCACCAGGGGAUCGGCGGUAAGUGUCGGGCGCGGAGUCAGCAACCCGGCGCCGCCGUGAACGCGGGGUUCCUAAGACUGCGGAAGAAAAGGUGGAAGAGAGGGCGGUAAACCCCGCGCGAGUCCCCCACGUGCUGCCACGGUCUCAGCCACCGCGUUGCCCGUCUGGCACCGCCCGUAGCCAAGGGCCGGUGGGGCGUUCUCCCGGGUGGCGGUGCGCCCCCCCACCCGCCGAGGUGGGCCCCAGGAUGGCGCGACCCUCACCCGCCAGCCCCCUGCAUGCCUGGCUGGGAGUAAGGUGAGUGCUCGGUCGGGAGUCGUCUCCGCUCCUGCUCUAGGUUCUGAGGAUAGAGUGGCCCCCAAAGUCACUCGAACAACCUGAAUGCUGACGUCAGCGCUGCUGCUCCCCGGAAUCGGUGGGGCGGGGAGGCCACCCGAGAAAGAACGGGACACAGGUCGCUUUGGGAACGCCCUGGGGUCUGUGAGGAGGUGGCCUUCACUCCUGUCCAGAUUGCUCUUCACCCAUAACACCAGUUGACCACGAGGCAGUCCCGAUCAUGGAAUCUAAGAAGUACUUUGGAUUAAGAGCAACAGGCUCCGGACGCGCAGGCUCAGCGGCCAUGGCUCACGGGCCCAGCCACUCCGCGGCAUGUGGGAUCCUCCCGGACCGGGGCAUGAACCCGUGUCCCCUGCAUCGGCAGGCGGACUCUCAACCACUGCGCCACCAGGGAAGCCCCGGAAUCAUGUAAUUGUUCACUGGCUCUGCAGAUGGCUUCUUAGAUGAGGAAUUUUUUUUUCCCUCAAAUGAAGCCUUAAGUGGAAGCUAAUCAGAUAAAGGCAGAGAUGUUCUGGUUGAAGGAGGAAUACUUUCCAGCCUAUGACUCACACCCACUCCGAGGACCCAGAAGCACCCAGGAGAAGCCCCGAGGGACCUAGAGGAGGUCAGAAUGUAACCGCUAGCUGGGUGGCCAUGGGCUAAGCAAAGACUAUUAUAGCUUAGAAGUUUCAUUUUAAUUGGAUUUGUUAAGUUUGAGAUGCUUAGACAGUUGGAUAAAUAUUAGGACUCGGUGGAGAGGUAGGACAUGGGGGUAUGAAUUGGGGUGUCAGUGCACACAAAUGGUAUUUCCUCUCUAAGGAUCACUGAGGUCAUCUGGGACAAAGUGCAAAUAAAUGGUAAUAGAGGAUCCAGGACUGAACCCCACAGCGCUCCGAUUUUAGAGGCUGAGAAAAAGAAGAAACUCCAGCGAAGAAGAACCAAAGGAGAGUAUGCUCAGGCAAGCCAAGUUUAGAGACUGUUUGAAAAAGGAGGAAGUGACCAACCCUGCGGUAUCUGCUGAGAGGCCAGUAGAUGAGGACAUAACAGUGACUACUGGAUUUGGCCGGUGUUCGUUGGUGACUUGGAUGAGAGUGUUCUAACGAAGUGGUAGGGAUAGGAGACUGAGCAGGUCGAUUUGGAGAGUGUAUAGUUAAGAGUAUUAUUAGAUUAGGCAGGGAUAACAGAGCACCUUGAAGUCUCAGGGGCUUAACCCAAAUGUUCAUAUGUUGCUUAAAUUAGGCCUCCUGUGCAUCCGGUAUCUUGUAACUAUACCUUGUGGUAUCUACACCCUCCGUCUUGUAGCUAUGCCAUCUAGCAGACUUCAAAGGUCGCUCUUCAGGAAAAGAGCUGGUGGGGGGGGACCUCUUACUUACUCUUAAAUCCCCUGGACCACAGCCGUCUGGCCAGAACAAGGAGCAUGGCCCCUCUAAACUGCUAAGGGCUAUAAGUCUUCCUGCUUGCCCAGGAAUGAGAGGAGAGCCAGCCUGGAGACCUCAUGUAACUUUUACUGCAGGGAGUAAUGGAUGUGAGGGAUGGAGAGAGUGCCCAUGAAGACCUCUUCCAAGAUUUUCCAAGAGAACAGUGGCUGGAAGGGGACAAAGGGUCAAGGAAGGGUAUUUGUAAGUUAAAAAAAUAAAAUUUAUACACUUUUAAAGGUUAUUCUUCAUUUACAGUUAUUACAAAAUAUUGGCUCUAAUACCCAUGUUGUACAAUACAUCCUUGAACCUAUCUUAUUACACCCAGUAGUUUGUACCUCCCACUCCCCCACCCCUAUAUUGCCCCUCCCACCCCCCACUGGUUACCACUAGUUUGUUCUCUAUAUCCGUGAGUCUGCUUCUUUUUGGUUAUAUUCACUAGUUUGCUGUAUUUUUUAGAUUCCACAUAUAAGUGAUUUCAUAUAGUAUUUGUCUUUCCCCGUAUGACUUGUUUCACUUAGCGUAAUGCCCUCCAAGUCCAUCCAUGUUGCUACAAAUGGCAAUAUUGCAUUCUUUUUUAUGGCUGAGUAGUAUUCCAUUGUGUGUGUGUGUGUGUGUGUGUGUGUGUGUACACACCCAUAUACCACAUCUUCUUUAUCCGUUCAUCUGUCAAUGGACACUUAGGUUGCUUCCAAGUCUUGGCAGUUGUAAAUGAUGCUGCCGUGAACAUUGGGGUGCAUGUGUCUUUUUGCAUUUCCCACCAACAGCACAUAAAGGUCCCCUUUUCUCCACAUCCUCACCAACAUUUGUUAUUUGUGUUCUUUUUGGUGACAGUCUAAAAGAUUCAUUGGAGAGGGAGAAACUGGUGAUGCAGGAAGAUGAGACAAACGAAAUGUUAAAAUGGACCUUCAAAAAUGCUAGGUUUACAAUGAGGAAUGUUAUAAUUCAAUGUUUACUCUAUGGAUCCUUGACACUUGGGAUCUGGACAGCCAUCUUUAGUAUUUAUUUUCACCGUAAUCCUGUGAAGAAUGAGGAGAAGAAGAUCCAGGAGAAAGGAAAGCCAUUAAUUUGGUCCCUUGGGAAGAAAUUGCAAACUACACAUGGCUCAGUGCAAAUACCAAGACCUUAUGUAAGAGUCAAAAGGCCUAAUGAAGAUGAAACUACAGAACAGAAGUCAUUUUUAAAAUUAGGUAAGGAUUAUAAGUAUUUGGACCCAGAACUUAUUCAUGGAUAUUCAAAAUAUGGAUUUAAUUCCAUUAUCAGUAAAAACUUGGGCAACUACAGAGAUGUGCCAGACACCAGGAAUAAAAUGUGUCAUAAAAAACGGUACCCAUCCAACCUACCUACUGCCAGCAUUGUCAUUUGUUUCCACAAUGAAGAAUUUAAUGCCUUGUUUCGGACAGUGUCCAGUGUCAUGACUCUCACUCCACAGCAUAUCCUUGAAGAAAUUAUUUUGGUAGAUGACAUGAGUGAAUUUGAUGAUUUGAAAGAGAAACUGGACUAUCACCUGGAAAUUUUUCGGGGAAAGAUUAAAUUAAUAAGAAACAAAAAGAGAGAGGGACUGAUUCGAGCAAGGCUGAUUGGAGCAUCACGUGCUUCAGGGGAUGUUCUGGUGUUCCUGGAUAGCCACUGCGAAGUGAAUAAAGUAUGGCUGGAGCCCUUGCUGAAUGCCAUUGCCAAGGACCCCCGAAUGGUGGUGUGUCCACUGAUAGAUGUCAUUGAUUAUGUGACCCUGGAAUACCAGCCCUCUCCUGUUGUCAGGGGAGCUUUCAACUGGUAUCUGCAAUUUAAAUGGGAUCAUGUUUUCUCUUAUGAGAUGGAUGGACCAGAAGGGCCUACUAGACCUAUCCGGUCACCUGCAAUGGCUGGAGGAAUUUUUGCUAUAAAUAGGCAUUAUUUUAAUGAAAUCGGACAGUACGACAAGGGCAUGAAUCUCUGGGGAGGAGAAAAUUUGGAACUUUCACUAAGGAUCUGGAUGUGUGGAGGCCAACUCUUUAUACUCCCCUGCUCUCGAGUAGGACAUAUUGAUAAGCAACACGUUGCAAACCACACUGGAAUUGCAAAAGCCUUGGCGUAUAAUAAUCUCAGACUGGUGCACGUUUGGCUAGAUGAAUACAAGGAGCAGGUAUUUUUACGAAGACCUAAUCUGAAAUAUCUUGCCUAUGGAGAUAUUAGUGAGCGUGUUGAAUUAAGGAAACGAUUGGGUUGCAAGUCAUUUCAGUGGUAUUUGGAUACUGUCUUCCCGGAACUGGAGACCUCUUAAGAGAGCCUCAUGAAAGGAAAACCAAUCAUUUUCAUGAAUAAAGCGUUAAAAAUUCCCCUAGUCCUUCAACAUGGAGAAGAGAACAUGUUUGGAACAUCAUGAAAUUAUGUGAACUACAGUAAGAAGUACAACCAGAAUGGUCUACAACAGAAGUGCCUUUUCUGCCACUAAAUUUCUGGGGUGGCAAGACCUUAAGCAUUAGAAAUGCAUGCUGUCACACCCUUAAGGCUGUCAUAAAAUCGAUUGAGAUAAAGUGUGUUAUCUCCAGUUAUUUGCCAAGCUCCCUUCGUCCUGGUAGACCGUAAGGACUGCUCAACUCUUGGUCAACUCAAUUCCUACUCCAGAUAGGUGACCUGGGCUGGUGACCUCCCCAGAAAGACAUUCUCAGAGAGCCUUGGUUGGUCCAUUCAACUGUAUUGAGCUCCUUUCUUGCUGCCAGUGUAGAUUCUGGCCUUGACACAUUGCUUGGUUGGGUUCCUGAGUUUCUGAUGUCCAGUCACUUGCCUGGGUGUCCUGGUCCAGCUCUCCAGGCCAGCCUCCCUGUUUGUUUCUGUUGGCCCUUCAGUUAACUGGAGACAUUCCCUCUUCCCUACUUCUGGUUUUGCCUUUUUCACGUGUGUUCCCUCCUAUGGCUCUGGCCUUCAGCUCUCCUGACACUUCUUGGCUUGUGUGCCUUGUUGAUAAUCUGUGUUCGACAUGACUCAAGAAAACUGUUUAGCUGGGAUUGGGGAAGAGGUAACUAGGUUCAAUAUCCAUCCUGUGUGGACACACUCCCAGGUGUCUAAAGUACUUCUAUCAGGUUAGAGGGAUGGCUGUUGCAUUCACCCUGGUGAAGGCAGCUAGAAAAGUGAAAAAUAUAUUUAAUUCACAAAACGAAGAGAAUGAGAAAAUGAGGGAAGGAAUACAUUGAAAGGAGUAAAAAGGAGGAGGCUUAGGAUAGAAUCACUAAAUCAUAGCUUCUGCUGGAGAAAAUAUAAACUAGUUUUUUACAGCAGAAAACGACUUGACUCAUCUAUUAUGCUCAUUUAAUCAACAACUGAAUGGUCAUCUCAGGCCAGGUGUCCUUCUAGGUGCUGGGAUGCAGCUGACAAUGGGGCAGGUAAACAUCCCUCCCUUCAUGGAGCUUGUGUUCUUUGAAAUAAUAUAUACAAUGUAAAGAAAAAAGAACCAGUUUAUAAUGUCAUUAUACCCAUGUAUUUGGCAAAGUACUCUAUAAAAUCUGUUGCUGGAAAGAGAUGGGAAAAACCUGUGCCCAAAUAUUACAGAUGGCCAGGGUAACUUGAUUGAGCUUUUAAAAGGUCAAUCUGGCAGCACAAAGUAAUUGCCACGUGAUUAGUAUAUUCUGGGCCCAUGUUUAUACCUUAGCUGCUCUAGAAAGUAAUAAAAAAUUGAUUGUAAUAAACCUAUGAAUCCAUUAAAAUUAGAGUAAAAUACAAAAUAAAAUUUCUGCAGCCGAAGGAGAAAAGAGAAUUGUAGUAUAAAUUCAGAGAAUCUUCUUGUUUGGUAAGCAUAAAGAAGGAUGUAAAUAUCAGCUUUGCCAAAAGAAAAAUGUUCUUUUUCUUAGAGCCAUGGGCCUAAUAUUCAGUCUUAGUUUUUUAAUGUAAUUUAGUUCAGGUCCUAAAUAGCAUGAAUAAGUCUUAGAAGCGAUGUAGAAUGUUGCUUAAACCAUCUCCUCUAGAAUAUU